UCUCGCGAGAUCUCCCCCCGGAAGCGGCGCCGCCUGGCCGGAAGCGGAAGCGGGCCGGGUGCUCGGAGCGGGGCUGCCAUGGCGCUGCGGCUGCUGCUGCUGCUGCUGCUCGGCGCCGGGGCCGGGGGUGCGUGGCUGGGCGCGGAGCUCCCCGGGGCCCGCAGCACCUCCGCGCUCGCUGAGGGGUCGCUGCCCCGUGCCCCUCAGCGGCCCGGCGGGAACCCAGCGUGGGGGGAGAGCUUCGAGUCGUUGGCAGCGCACAGCAGGAAGGUAAAACGGGAGCAGAGCGAUCCCCCGAGUGACGGAGGCAGUAACGGACAGCCAGAGAACAGCAGCACCAAGAACCAGGGCAGCAGCAGCCCCAGUGACCAAGAUCACAUGCAGCAUGGCAACAACGCUGGUGGGCAAGCCCAGAACGGUGCCGACAGCAACACUCGCAAGGACAAAGAUAAAAAAGAAAGCGAAAACCAGCAAAAUGGUGACAGCGACGCCAAGAAAGAGAAGGAAACCCAGACGGGUGGUGGCAGUGAUGGUAAUGGCAGCAAGGGGGAAAAAAACAGCACUGAGCAGGGCAACAACAAGCAGAAAAGCAACGACCAACAGCAUGACAGCAACGGGCAGGGAAACAACAACGACAACCAGCAGCAAGAGAACAACGGACAGGGAAACAAUAACGACCAACAGCAUGACAACAACAGGCAGGGAAACAACGACGACAAACAGCAGCAUGACACCAACAGCCAGGGAGACGACAACAAUGACCAACAGCAAGAGAGCAACAGGCAGGGAAACAACAACAAUGACCAACAGCAAGACAACAACAGGCAGGGAAACAACAACAAUGACCAACAGCAAGACAACAACAGGCAGGGAAACAACAACAAUGACCAACAGCAAGACAACAACAGGCAGGGAAACAACAACAAUGACCAACAGCAAGACAACAACAGGCAGGGAAACAACAAUGACCAGCAGGGAAACAACAACAAUGACCAGCAGCGAGACAGCAACAGGCAGGGAAACAGUGAUGGGCAGCAAAAUGGUGACCACCAGGAAGAAAGAAACAAGCAGCAAGACAAGGACCAGCAGCAAGAUGACGAGCAGAAAAAGAAGGACCAUGAGCAAGACAGCAGCAGGCAGGAAAACAACGGCCAGCGGGAAAACAACGACCAGCAGCAAGGCAACAACAAGCAGGAAAACAGCAAAAAUGGGCAAGACAGCAGCAGGCAGCAAAAUGGUAAGACUGAGGAAGAGAGAAAGAUGAAGGAAAAUGGAGGCCAGCAGGACACCAACAGGCAGGAAAGCAGCGACACCAACAAGCAAGGCAGCAGCCAGGGCGCUCAGACAGACUCACAGAGAGAGAAAAACCCAUCGUCACAGUCUGUACCCCUUCCUGGCAAUGAAGGCUCUCCAGACAGCGAGGAGCUCCAAGAGGAGGGGGAUGGGGAUGGGAACGGCAACGGGGGCUCCUCGGUUAGUAAGGAGAGGGAGAAGAGCAACCCUACUGCUCCCAGGGAGCAGUCGGAGAACAGCCACUUCUUUGCCUAUCUGGUGACCACGGCCAUCGUUGUCGCUGCCCUGUACGUCGCCUACCACAACAAGCGCAAGAUCAUCGCUUUUGCUCUGGAAGGGAAAAGAUCGAAAAGCGGUCGACGGCCCAAAUCUGGCGAUUACCAGAGACUGGAUCAGAAGAUCUAGAUUCCUCCUCAGGUGUUGAAUGGAACAAGGAUGCCCGGCGAUGGAAUCCUGGGACCCCACCGACUGCCCUGCUGUAGCACUCUGAAUCGUAGCUUUGCUGUCGUCUUUGGACUUCAGAGGACAGGAAGGAGAAAUGCUUCUAGUUCUGCACCUGCACCUUGGUAAUGUUAAACUUCUCACUUCCCUAAAACGCGUUUCUCAGCUGCCUGAAGGUGAGCUGCUUUUCUGCCUGGGUGUCCAGCCUCUAGUCUGUGGCCCGCAAAAAGCCAGCUCCCAGCACCUGGCAGAACUCCUGCGUCCAAAUGAAGUGGAAUUGGCCAUCUACUGUACCUACGUCUGCUCUUGAAAAAAGUCUGCCUGCGAAAUGAGCCAUGUGGUUGUCUCCUCUGAGUCAUAGAGCUGCCUUCGGAACCAGCACAGAGAUCUCUUCCUCUGUCCUUUCUAUUUGGAUGCUCAGGUUCGGAGCGAGGCUGAUUGCACUAGCUUGGAAAUUAUCCGCCAAGGACCCUGAUCUGAUUUUCCUGCUUUCUUUCUCUCUGUGAUGAAGACAAUGUCAGUCUGACACCUAGGUUCUCCCUGUAAUGCGCAUCCUGGGAGGUGCCGGGGCUGUCCCUGGCCCUUUGGCCGUAGCUUAAACUUCCUCCACACGGGUCGUUCCCUCGCAGUCCCCGUGGCUGGGGUGCUUGCACUGAUGACAUUCAGUUGGAUGCUGUGAAGGGGCUGCUCAGGCUUACAGAGCCCCGCGCCUAAUCGCUGCAGUGAAGUUACAGCAGACCUGAGAGGCUGAUUUCCUCCCUGCUGUAGGAUGUCGUUGUGUGGUAACGUGGAGUGUGCGGUAAUCCAGCAGCGUUUGGGGUGAGAGAAACCUCAGUCCUUCAGCCCCCUUCCUCAGAAACGCGGCGCUGAGGCCCGUGAACGUUCAACGCUCUUCUCUGCGGCGCUGAGCGAGCCUCCGUGUUGAUCCCAAGUCCUUGGGUCAGUUCCUGCUGAAGAAGUGUGGCUCACUGAGGGGUGAGGAAGCUGCCGAUCCUGGGACUGCUCAUCCGUGGGCGCCUCGUGGCUCACAGCACCACCUCCAAAGCCGUCGCAGCCCGAGGCAGGGCGCGCUGCCUCCACGUGGCUCCUGCGUGGAGGCAUCUCCUGAGCCAGGUGCCCUGCCCGUGGGAGGGAUCGUGGCUGCUCACACACCUCUGCCAGCCCCUGCUGUGAGAGGUUUUGUGUCGUUGAAUGUACACACGGCCAGCUGCUUGGCACUGAUUGCCUCGGUAUCACUGUGGAGCACUUAAACCAGGGCCGGGGAUGUACCAGUUGUAUUUCAGGCUGCAAAACAUGUUGAUUGCUGAGUUAGAGCUAUGACGCUGUUCUUAUUUUGGUAGCUCUACUCCAAAGAUGUUUGUUUGAGACAGGGCAUUUUGGGAGACCAUGCGAAGUGCCUGCCCAGCUUGUUAUUUUGUGCUUUUUUCCCCGAUGUGGGCAGGAAAAAGAACGGCAUGACGCAUCCAGAGCUCUUCACACGGGUAAGCUUCCACGCCCAAAGCUCUUGCCGACCGUAGGUGAGUCAUCCCCUUGCUGGCUGACUGCACAGGAAGAAUCCUGUCCCCAUUUGAGCUGCCAAGCUCGGGGGCUGAUUUCCCUUCCGCUGGCCACAGGAGCGCCUCGUGGCGCGAGGCCUGCCCUCCUGCAGCCUCCCGAGGUUGCGGGCGAUUGGUGAUCUGCCUGCGGUCGCUAAAGGUAGUCACGCUGACAGGGGCCCAGUUUCCUUGCCUGGAGAUGAAAGCUGCAGCUGUAUUCUGUUGUGGUUCAUUCCUCUUAUAAGAGGGGAUCUGGGGGCUAUGUGCACAGCUUGACCCACUUAAGAGAAAAAUCCUUUUUUUUUUUCUUUUUUCUUUUUUUUUUCCUAGCUGUCAGCACAAAGGGCGAGUGGGAGAAGGUCCCUCUUGACUUUAAAUAGCUCCCAAGGUUUUUGUAGUAAACUUCUGAUGCUAAAAGUACUCGUAGAGGCUAUUUUGGUGAGUGGGAGCGUGAGGUGGGGGGAAGAGAAAGGAAAACAAGUCUGGGAACAUAACCCUGGAGGGAAAUGCUCUGUCUGGGAGGGGGGGGAGCUCGCGCAACAAGGCGUCGCUGUUUCUGAUGAUGACUGCAAAGUCAGGCGCGCUGUCGGGUGGCCGGUGUACGGACAGGCUGCGGGGUGGGAGCUGGGGGCUGCUGUCUGCUGCCAGUGGGGGGAAACUGUCUGCUAAGACGUGAAAUACCACAUGCAUCUGAGCUGCUCCUUCCUGAAGUCUUAGAGUUUGUGCUGUGCUCCUGCUUUGUCCUGUUUUUUUUUUUUAAAAAAAAAACAAACAUUGAAGAAUAGUUUACAAAGGCUUUUUUACAACCUGCUUGCUUUUAUAUCCCACGAGUUUUUUCAGAUGUCUUUCAGUCCUCUCUCACUCCAAGUUCUGGUGGAAAUCCCACCCCUGCUGAGAGCACUGGGCUGUUGAUAGCAAGCUGAAGCUUCUGAUAGCAGGACCUCAAGUGUCCCGAUCGCUGUUCCACUGCCAGGUUGUGCCGAGCAGAGCAGCACGAGCUUUUUACCAGGUUGCUGAGAUCAAACCUCACGUCUCUGCCGGAGCUGUCACCUUGCUUGGUGGCUCCAGCAAAGCAGGAAGGCGCCGAGAGGCCGAGCCAGCACCGAGGGCAGGAGCCUUGGCCGGCAGAGCUCACGUGGCGGUGGGGGGCUCGCAGCUCAGCCUCCUCCUACCCAGCAGCUCCCAGGUGCCCUGCUCCUGGCAGCAGCCUCCGUAACGCAACGGCGUGAAACCUCUGGGAAUGACUUCUGUUGAUUUCUGUUUUUGUUUAAUUUUAAAAUGGGAUUUGAGUUUAUGCAAUGUGUUUCAAACUGGUCAAGGUGCGUGAAACCUUUUCCCUUUGGACACAAGACGUUUUCCAAUGGAUGGUAUCUGUCGGUACGUAAUUUUUGCCAAAUGUUCCUGUUAGGCCGGCUGCCUUGCCAGGUUGAAUCAGCAAAUGGUUUGUUUUCUGCUGCAGUGCAACGCACCUUGCUUUGAAGGAUCAGAAUUUUUAUAUUUCUUUGUACUUUUUUCUGUGUGGUAAAGUCAAUAAAUGAUUUCAAAAAUA